UGUACGACGUUAGGACCCAGAGGUCCCCCUGGAUUUCGUGAGCAGCUUGCAGUAAUCAGUGUGGAGAAGCCUUCAUCCUCCUCGGGUCCCAGGACAUCUGUUUAAUGGGUGAAUAAUAGUUUAUGGGAGAAAGAUGUGGCUUGUAAAGACUCUCAAACAUUUCCUUCUCGUUUCUUUGCUACCCUUCACUGUGCAUUUACAAGGGAAGAAAACUGAUGAUUGCAAUGUCGAGGUGAAAUAUCCUAAAGCUACAUUCAGUUAUUUUAUUGGAGACACCAUGGUUUUGAAUUGUACAGUGGAGUUUUGUCAAUCAGAACCACCUGACACAUAUUGGUGUAAGCACGCAAACAGUUGUGAACCAUUGCAGGAUACAAACAGGACAAACAACAAACAUCUUGACAAGAUCAUGUUUCUGGUUUACACAAUCUCUCACGUUAACCUAACUGACAGCGGUAAAUACCAAUGUGUGGCCAAGCAAAAUGGCAAAAUCUUAAAGGGGCACAUCAUCACCGUGAAUGUAGCUGGAGUGAAGGCAACCUCUUAUGAGACCAACACCGGUGUGACGCCAACAAACUCCACAAUGCUGAUUGUGAAUCCUGCCAGCACCCCUCUCUGGAUUGUUUACAGCAUUAUUGCCGUAGGGGUCGUGGGUGCCAUCAGCUUCCUUAUCAUGGUCACGUACUUCUGCAUCAGAAACUUUCACGAGCCCCUGGAGGCAGUCGAGCCCGGGAUCGGCGGACAGCGGAGCCAGUGCCACAAUAUGACUGAAAUUAAUGGAAAACCUACAAUCUAUGAAAAUAUGAAUGAAUUUUCUGAAGGCAUCAGCUCUUCAAGUUCCAAUUUUUUGACUGUUAACAAAUGCAAUUCACCUGGCAGUCAGAAGAAGAAUGUGAAGUCCUCCGAUACCAACCAGCACGAUACGAUAAUCUAUGCCUCACUGAAUGAAUCCACGCUAAAUCGAAAACCAUCACUGAAGUUCGUUAACAAUGAAGAUACAGAAUAUGCUGCAAUAAAUAUUAAACAUUAGGUGGAAUGACUUUUACCUCACAGUGAGAUAAGCCCAGGAGGGCACACCAUAAGGUGUUACUGUUUAUUUGAUUCUUCCUCUGGACCUUCCACGCACACCAUGAACUUCCUUGUUACUAAUUUAACCAGUGCUGUGCUGGGCAGGACUAAUGAAGGACAACUUCCAGCUAACGGGUCCACUUCUCAACGGGCAGAUUUGGUUCCAAAAUGUGCAAUAGUCGACUGUUGCUUCUGCUGAUCCUAACACUGAGCAAAACAAGAGACAUUUAAUGACAGUCUGAGAUCCCUUCACAUGCCAAUGACUAACUCACAGGGUGCAGGAUUCUGCUCUCAUGGAAACAGUCCCUCUUGGCCAAAGCUGUUUAUAUGUUCUAUGUAUUUUUUUAAUUAAAUCAAGCAAUGGAUUUACUAGGAAAUAUGAUUUUGAUGUUUUGUAAAUUGUGAGCAAUUUGCUACAGGAGGAAAUUUUCCAGCUGCCUAUUUUCAAGCUGAACUUACAGAAUGAUUAUUUAAAUAAUAGAAUUAAAAACAAAUAUUUUUAAUGAAUUAUGUUAAAUG